UGUUCCCCUCUGCCUCUCAAAGCCAACACCUUUUGCAGAUCAUUUUAACAGCAGCGUAGUCGUCGGCCAGUAAAGGCAGCGCAAGCGGUGAGAAAUUGUAGCGAAGGUACAGCAGGACGACCGAACGCGUUUGGGGUCCCGCCAUCCAAGCUGCAGAACAACCAUCGCCUCAAGUCACAGGUCCUCUCAUAGCUGGCCAGCUGCAACGCUUCAUCCCAAGGACCCUGGCAGCAUCCCAAACGAACAUGGGUCUGACGUGGAUUCUGCUCAUUUCCCGUCAAGGCAAAGUACGUUUGGCCAAAUGGUUCACCACCCUCUCUCCCAAGUCCAAGGCCAAGAUCACAAAGGAUGUGACUCAACUGGUACUAGCACGUCGUACGAGAAUGUGCAACUUUCUAGAGUACAAGGAUACGAAAGUGGUGUAUAGGAGGUAUGCCAGUCUCUUCUUUGUGAGCGGUAUCGCUCCUGGAGAUAACGAAUUGGUCACGCUGGAGAUGAUCCAUCGGUACGUCGAAGUGCUGGACAGGUACUUUGGAAAUGUAUGCGAGCUGGACCUCAUCUUCAACUUUCAAAAGGCCUACUCGAUCCUUGACGAGUUGAUCAUUGGCGGUGAAUUGCAGGAGAGCAGUAAGAAGAGCGUCCUAAGAGUCGUUUCGCAGAGCGAUGCGAUCGAAGAAGCAGAGAACAGCGAAGAUUCCCUCGCGAGGAUCGGCAGUAGAGCUGUCUGAAAACAGAGCGCCUUUUUGCCCGCAUGUCGCUUCAGCUUCAAUGCAUGGUGUACUAUUAGUCGCAUUGUCUGUGUGAUGAUCCAGCAGCUUCAGAGCAUCGAUAAGAAGGCUGCACUCGAUCGUACCAAAUUGUUGCACUUUCAGCUAUCAGUACAGCCUCCAUCCGCACAUUGUUCGCCGC